AUGACAACUGACAAAAGGAAAGAUUUGGAAGCCCCACUCUUGACUGAAACCACUAACCGUAAUCUUUACAGGAAAACAGCUUUUAAUAAAUCUACUGGUCUCAGAACACUAGGAUUUGCAAGGCCUGUGAACAACAUGACGCCAACGUCUGGUGCAGACAAGGUGUAUCUUCCACAGGGUAACCGUCCUAUUGUUCCCUCUGGCCCUAAUGGCUGCACCUACCUCCCUACUCCGCCUGGUGCUCCUGGGCAUUGUCGACUUCAUCACUAA